UUUAACAAAACAGACUAGAAAUUGCUAUAUUUCUUAUGUAUCUAUCUUUUUUAAAGCCUAGAAAAUCUAGCAACGUUCCAACAACGCCAGCACAAGGAACAUAAUAAAGAACACAGAAAAAGUUCCAGCCAAAGAAAGAGAACAGAGAAAAAGAACCGAAAAAAUAAUAGAAAACUGAGGAGAGACAAGUGUAAGGCGUGCCUGCUCGAGUCUGUUUGAUACUGAGAAAGUGUUUUCCAGAUAGAGUAGAGAGAGAAUAUUUUGCAGAGGCAAAAGACAUGUAAAUUCUGAAGCUAACAUACAGAUAAUCAUCAUCAAAAGCAUAGGACCAUUUUUUUUUUCUCGAUCAAGUAGCAUAGGAGCAUAGGUAGACAGAAACUGGUGAAGUAGAAAAACACAACCCAUGAGCCAUGAGCCAUCAAUCUCUGUAGUUUUCCACUUUUUCUUCUUUUUCUUUUUGUUUUUCUUUCUAUUUUUUACCUUCUUUUUGGGUCAUGUGGGCUUUCUUUGCUUUACUAAUUAAAGGGUCACUAGCACUAAUGAUUCUUCCCUGCAAGUCUCUGUUCACUGGUUCCCUUGAUGCCUGACACCGAGAGCUCACAUUCAAUCAUUUUAGGGGCACUCGUGGGCUUAAAAAAUAAGAGAUUGGAGAUAAAUAUUCAGAGGCCUCUCGGAUUACCCAGUUCUUGUGAAAUUACUAGCUGGGUUGGUGCUUUGAGUAUCACAUUCCUUCAAUUUUCACUAAAUUGAAAGUCUUGUUGUGAAGUAAGUGAAUUCUCAGUUUAGGGUUCUUAGGAUCAACCUCAAAAUCACGCCUUUGCGCCUUUCAUGCUUAUGAGUUUAUAUUGUUAUCAGACUCUUUUGAAGCGGUAAAGAGUUUUGGUUCCAAAGAUUUGUAUUGGGAUCCACAGCAAUGCGCUAACUGCAAUUUCUGUAAAUUCUUGUGAAAUAUGGCUGAAAUUAGACUUACAAGGGUAGAACAAGGCCAAACCAAGAUUAGAAAUGUCCCAAUUGCCGUGACACCAGAAGGUUUCUGGUGUUGCCCUUCUCCUGUUGUGUUUCAAAAGACCCUCAAACCAUCAUCCCCCCCACCACCACCACCCAAGACAACAGCUCAGAGGAAACAAACACCACUUAGUGAAAAAAAGCUAGCCUUUACCCCAUCGAGAUCAGGGAGUAUUAAUGAUGGUCAACGAGCUUUUGGUCCUGAGGCGCCUGAUGCACCCACGGUGAGUGCAUCUCUGGUUCCCGAGAGAGUCCCGAGGCCCAAAGUUGAAAAUUUGCCAAGGAAAGUUGCAAUUGAGUUUGGUGAACCUGGAACUAGUGAUAUGAAGGUGGUUCUACUUGGAAAGCAAGGAUUUUGUGUUAAGUUGAGCGUUCACAAGAAUGUUCUAGUGGAGCAUAGCAACUUUUUUGCCGACAAGCUUUCUGAACAACAAUCUGGUUCAUCCUGUCUUGAAAUUGAAGAAUGUGAUGAUGUUGAAAUAUAUGUUGAAACCGUCGGAUUGAUGUAUUGCAAAGACAUGAGGCAACGGCUGAUGAAACAGAGUGUCUCUCGUGUACUCCGUAUUCUGAAGAUUGCAGAACUUCUUGCCUUCAACUCGUGCAUGCAGUCAUGUUUAGAAUAUUUGGAAGCAGUCCCAUGGGUUGGGGAUGAAGAAGAAGAAAAAGUAGUCUCCUCAGUCUUGCGACUCCAGAGUGAGGGUAUUGGGGUCACUCCAGUAUUGAAACGAGUCUCCUCUGACAUUUCUAAACCCCCUAAGGACACACUUUCCCACAUAAUUGAACUUGUUCUCGCAAGCAAUGAGGAGAGAGGCAGGCGUGAAAUGAAAUCCGUUGUGCUGAAGCUCCUUAAGGAGAACAACAGUGCCUCAAGCUCUACAGGUUCAGCUGAUGUCUGCCAUGAAACACUGUAUAACUCAUGCAGAAACUGUUUGAACUUGCUUUUGUCCCUGUUCAAGCAGGCUACAGAACCAGUGUGUGCUGAUAAACCGGUAGACAACAAAGAACCUGUGGUGAAGCAAAUAGCUUUGGCUUCUGAUAACCUCUCAUGGUUGCUUGAGAUUUUGGCUGACAAACAAGCAGCAGACGAAUUUGGAGUAAUGUGGGCUAGCCAGCAAGAAUUGGCAUCCUUGCAUACAAAGCUGCCUAUUGUGUCUCGUUACCAUGUUAGCUGUAUUACGGCAAGGCUGUUUGUUGGCAUUGGUAGAGGGGAGCUGCUGCCAUCUAAGGAUACCCGCCAACUGUUGUUACAAACCUGGUUACAGCCAUUGAUCAAUGACUACAAUUGGCUGCAACAUGGGUGCCGGUCAUUUGACCGGAAGGUUGUGGAAGAAGGAAUUGGUAGGACAAUCCUCACUCUGCCUCUAGAGGACCAGCAAAGUAUUUUGCUGUCUUGGUUGGGCAGUUUUCUGAAGGCUGGUGAUAGCUGCCCAAAUCUUCAGAGGGCCUUUGAAGUUUGGUGGCGGAGAACUUUCGUUAGACCCUAUGUGGAAGGGCAAGGCAGUUCACUUCAGUCAGAUAGCUCAAUGACAUCAUAGUAGAUCUUAAGAGUAAAGAGUUACAAUAACCAGUGAGAGUAAUGUUUGUAUCUAAAUUUAGCGUUGUGUUCCAUAGUAUGUGGGAGAACAUAGGCUUGAAAGAUUUCUCAUUUUCUUAAGGCUAACGUGACAGAUUUCUGUGAAGUCAAAAGAGUACUGGUGAACUUCUGAGAAAUUUCUCUGCUUUUAAGUGAUGUAAGAAACUGCUUUUGUAUUUUGAUGAUGUCUUGUGGGUUGGUUGUUUCUUGUGGAAAUUCUUGAAAAGGAGAGUUGAUUGAACU